AUGGACAGGGUAGUCCUCCGAUAUCUCUGGGCGCUUCUCGCCUUCCUGGUGCUCCACGUCGACGCUUGUACCAGCUACGGAGUUAACUUCGCCAAUGGCGGGUCAUAUAAUAUCGAUUCAUCAUCUAACCAAUACUUCAGCUUUGUUUCCGUCUUCCAGGAGUGCUCUGGAGAGACCCUCAACCCGAUCCUGAUUAGCCCAGACAACAACCACUAUGUCUGCUCGGCCAUAAACACUCACCCUAAUGGUGUCGAGGUCACAUCGACAUGUGGCAUUCCUUAUUCUGCCAUGAUUUCGGGCACUUGGAAAAUUGUGCUGUCUGGAAAUGAGAUCAAGUCUCAGCGUGUUAUCCACCUCACUAUCGGCGUGCCCCAGACAACUUGGGUGACAGCAACCCCAACGGUCGUUGUUGGGUAUACUACGACCGCAAGGGCCCAAACCGUCUUGACGACACUCAUCCAAACACACACCCUCAUCAUCGUCCCUCAGACAGUCACAGCCCCAUGCAGCGGCGGGACACGAACCGUGACCAACUACCCGCCGAAUCCCACAUACGUCGUCACCUCAACCGCUGUUCGGACUGUCACAGACGCCCAGGUUACAAGCUACUGGACCACAACGAUCACAUCGACCGCAAGCUGCCACUAUCCCACAAGUUUUUUACCUCCGGUCUGGUCGCCUCCUGGCGGUGGUUGGGGCUGGCCCACCCGAGGGCCUUGGGCUGCUGAUCUGAACACGGCUACAGAGAAAAAACGUGACGUGGCCGUUCCUGCUGCCACGGCCGCCGCUGCCGCUGUGGCUGCGGUCACGUCGACUAUCACGCAAACAACAUACACCGUUACCAGCACGGUCACCACGACUAUCCCUGGACGGACUACCACCGAGACCGUGCUUCGAACCACGACAGCUACCAUCACUCCUCCCCCGUCGACGGUCUGUGUAGGCGGCGCGCCUGGCGUCACUGUGACGGUCAAUGUUGGCACACCUACGCCCGUCACACAAACCAGCAUAGUGUAUCUCACAAGCCAUCUCUACGGCACAGUCUGGGUUGGGUACGGUGAGACAAACCCAAUAUACGACAUUCACGAAUACAGCGAGCGCCACGGCUUGCUGGAUGGCGGGUGGUUGGCUGGCGAUAAACCCGCAUAUCGCGAUGCCACUAAGCCCCCACCAUACGGCCCCGACGAUACCCCUGGCAAGACCUAA